CUCUCUCUCUUUGUUGCGUAUGGAGAAGACCUGUUUUAUAUGAAAAGUCAGCUCCUCUCUUGAUCUCUUCCAAACAAUUCUCUCCCUCAUCAUAACUUUGUUUUUGAGAAGAACAGAAGAAUCCAACAUCAGCUUUCAAAAACCACAUCUUUGCUCUCCUGCUCCUAAUAAUCAAAACCCAUUUUGGGAACAUAUCAGUCUGUUGUGUAUUGUCAAUUGAUUUUACAGUGAAAUCUCAAUCAAAUUUAACCUCCCAAUAUACUACAAUAUGGUUCAAAUGACAUACUUGAACUUGAAGCUGCAGCUUUUGCCUUAAGAGAGUAUAUAUAUCAUGUGCAGCUUGUUCAUGCCAACUACUAGGAUGGAGAAUUUUCAAGGUGAUUUAACCGACAUACUAAGAGCUGGUACUACUACUGCUACCGUUGGAGCUGAUCCGUCUGAUCAUCAAGAACCUUACACCGACUCGUGGCACUUUCCAUCUGAUCAUCGCAUGAUAUUCCCAUCAUCCUCAUCAGCCAUGGAAGAAGCAGAAGAAACUAAGGACAACUUUGGCGAUCCAUUUUUGUCGUACAUGCGCGAUCCGCUGCUUAACGAGCUAGGCAUAUCAAGUUCCAGCCUUUUCAGCAGCCCCAAUUGUACAGCUCGUGCGGAGGAAGAUGUUACAACUACUACUUUUGGUAGCGGUGGCGAUGGCAGUCAUCAUGUACUUAGUCUUGGGCAUCACAACCAUCAAAGUGGCGGUGUUGUGGUUGAUGGUGAUCCAAUAAAGAGGCCUUACAACAUAUUCUCACGGAUGCUACAGAUCUCUCCGAGUGCAAAGGUACCGGUGUCGCCAUGUGAUUCUCCGGUGAUAGGUGCAGCAGUGUCGUCGUCUCCUAGGGAGAUUAAAACAUCAUCAGCUUCUACUGCCAUGGUUGCAAGCGACAUGAUUAUUAAUGCGAACAGCUCAUCAGCAGCAAAAGGUUGCUUGCUCGAGAACACUGGGAUGCAGAUCUCAUCUCCACGGAAUCCGGGUAUCAAGCGAAGGAAGAGCCAGGCAAAGAAGGUGGUGUGCAUUCCGGCGCCAGCGGCUGCAAACAGCAGGCCUACUGGAGAAGUAGUUCCGUCUGAUCUGUGGGCAUGGAGAAAGUACGGUCAGAAACCCAUCAAAGGGUCACCUUAUCCAAGGGGUUACUAUAGAUGUAGCAGCUCAAAGGGUUGCUCAGCAAGGAAACAAGUAGAGCGUAGCCGGACGGAUCCAAAAAUGUUGGUCAUCACGUACACUUCUGAACACAACCAUCCAUGGCCUACUCAGAGAAAUGCCCUAGCUGGCUCAACCAGAUCCCAGCCAUCCAAAAAUGGUGGCGCCGCUGCCUUGAAGAUCUCUCCCAAUAGCUCUCAUCAGCCUCAUCAAAAGCCAACUGGCCCAACAAAGGAAGAACAAAAUGAGAAUGUGAAUGAUAAUGAUGAUAAUCAUAUGUCUCCAACAGUUAUUACCGCUGGAAGUGCUUCAACAGUGAAGGAAGAAUUUGAGGACGUUGAAAAGCAAUUAGAGCUUGAUCAUCAUCAUCAUCAGCAAUUAGGGUUUGCUUAUAGACCAUCUAUGCCUGAUGAGCAGUCCAACCAGUCACACCAUCUUGAUGACUUCUUUGCUGAUUUAGGAGAAAUUGAGGCUGACCCACUUAACCUCUUGUUUUUACAAUGUUUCUCGGCAGAUGAGCAGCAGCAAAAGGCUGCAGAGCCCUUAGAUCCAUUCAAUCUCUUAGAUAAUUGGUCAGGAGAUCACAACACCAACAAUACUUCAUUUGCUGAAGCUAAGAGGCGGUUAUAACAAGGCCAAGACUAAUCACCCUGAAAAGAUAUCAUCAACUCCCCUAAAACAAGAGUUAAGAGUAUACUCUUUUUAAGUUAGUUUUUGUUCUUUCUUUUUGGUGGUGCAGUUUAAAACCUAGUCCUUGUGGUUUGAAUUGAGUUUUACAUGUUGGGGUGGGGUUCUAAUUUUUUUUCUUUACUUUUUGUAAGUUUUUUUUUUAUAUAUAAUUUUGGGUUCUUGUUAUUCACCAGAAUAGAAUCAGGGAUUAGGGAAGAGAGGUGAUGUGAAAAGAAGAAAGGAUUCUCCAGAUCCAUGCAUCCUAAUCUUAGGGAUCUAUCAAUCUGAACCAUUGAAAUUUGAUUAAACGAUUACAAAUAAGGACCCACUUUAAAAGUUAUAAUAAUUUUUACCAUUGAAUCAAAUUUCAAUGAUCAGAAUUUAUGGAUUCCUAAUAUUAGAAUGCAUGGAUCCGGAGAGGAUCCAUGUCCCAUAAGAAAGAGAGGGAGAGAAGGUAGUUGGUUGAUUGGGAGCAGAACCAAUGAGUCCCACAUUCCCUUUGGAAUUUUAGUGGAGGGGACAGAAAGCUGAGGAACAGAAGGAUUCUACAGUGGAAACA